AUGGACGGUGAACUUCUCACGGAUAUUCCUGUCUUUCUCCACUGGCACUCGCAUGAACUGCGAGAGUUUCAAUUUAUUGGAUUACUCAACGACCAAGAGCAACAUCACGGACGACGUGGAAGCUCUGGUGUGCUAGGUCCUCGAACUGAACAAUUUGCCCUGGGUUCAUUGUACUACCUUAUCAACUACGGCUUCGAGGUCUACGGAGACCGAAGCCUUACCGAAGAUCCUAAGGAGCAUGGACGCAAAGUUGUGGAUUUACUACAGAACAUGGAAUUUCCAAAUUUAGAUGGGGAUUCAUUCAUUGACGAUGUUAUCAUCAAAUGCUGGCACAAUAAAUAUAUCACGAUUGCGGAAUUAGCCGUGCACACAGAGACAUUCUUUCUAGGAGGAAAUAAUUCGAAAGACACCGCGGCCGAAGAAAUAUUAACCCCGCAACUGCGUACGGUUAUAAGCGGUUUUAUUCGCAAAUUGUGGAAAUAUUUCCGAUAUUGGUGGGCUAUCGUCCUUUGUCGCACUAGAGAGACAAGCAAGCCUGAAAUAGCUAGUAGUGGAAACUUGGGUGGUUAUAGCUAUGACGGUAUCGGUGAACAUAUUUCAGCAGAGGAAUUCUCACUCAAAAAAACAUUUUGCCGGGAUCUAGAGGAGCGUGGACUUCUUAGUAUGCUCUCUUCAGGGGAGCCAGAGGAACUCGGAUUCAAGAUCGAGUGGUAUAGGCAUUCUAUAAGUUGA